UUUGACAGGUGAUUUUCGUCAUCAGUGCAACCUGUGUGGCACCUUAAUGAAAAUUUUUGGUGUUGAUUUAAUUUGCACAAAUCCUUAAAAUUUGUGUAAAAUUGCUUAUCGGAAUCAAAGCAAGAUAGAGUGAGGACGGAAGUAAUUAUUGUGUAGAUUUAUUGUAAAUUCAAAGCUUCUACUUAGUUUUAUCGACGUUUUUAUUUGUGAGUUUUCUUGAAAAAAAGGUGAGAUAAUGUCGUCUUCGGCAAUAUAUGUUUUGGAUGUCAAAGGUAAAGUAUUGAUAUCUCGUAAUUAUCGAGGGGAUACAAUGGACAUGGCCGCUAUUGACAAGUUCAUGCCACUAUUAAUGGAACGUGAAGAAGAGGGUCUGAUUACCCCCAUAUUGCAGACUGCUGAUCACACCUUUGCGUACAUUAAGACGAACAACCUGUAUAUUGUUUCAACUACACCACGCAACAAGAAUGUUAAUAUUGCAUUGGUUUUUGUUUUUCUGCAUAAAAUAGCGCAAGUUUUUGUAGAAUAUUUUAAAGAACUAGAAGAAGAGUCAAUACGUGAUAAUUUUGUAAUUAUUUAUGAACUACUUGAUGAGUUGAUUGAUUUUGGAUACCCACAGACAACUGAUUCGAAAAUACUACAGGAAUAUAUCACACAAGAAGGACAUAAACUGGAACUCCAACCCCGCCCUCCUCUAGCGGUUACCAAUGCAGUUUCUUGGCGCUCGGAAGGUAUUAAAUACCGUAAAAAUGAAGUAUUUCUUGAUGUGAUAGAAUCCGUCAAUCUCUUGGCCAACGCCAAUGGGAAUGUAUUACGAAGUGAAAUAGUAGGAGCCAUAAAAAUGCGAGUAUAUUUGUCUGGAAUGCCAGAAUUACGAUUGGGAUUGAAUGAUAAAGUAUUAUUUGAAAGUACCGGUCGCGGCAAAUCAAAGUCAGUUGAAUUGGAAGAUGUGAAAUUUCACCAAUGUGUUCGUUUAUCUCGAUUCGAAAAUGACCGCACUAUAUCAUUUAUUCCACCCGAUGGAGAAUUUGAAUUGAUGUCUUAUCGCCUUAAUACACAUGUAAAACCUUUGAUUUGGAUUGAAUCUGUUAUUGAACGGCACGUUCACUCCCGUGUCGAAUACAUGAUAAAGGCCAAAUCGCAAUUUAAGCGACGCUCGACUGCAAACAACGUCGAAAUUGUCAUUCCUGUUCCCGCAGAUGCAGACUCUCCUAAAUUUAAAACAACUAUUGGUAGUUGCAAAUAUGCUCCAGAGCAAAACGCCAUAAUAUGGACUAUUAAAUCAUUUCCUGGCGGUAAGGAGUAUUUAAUGCGUGCACAUUUUGGAUUGCCAAGCGUUGAAAGCGAAGACAAUAAUGAAGGGAAACCCCCAAUACAGGUUCGUUUUGAAAUUCCUUACUUUACAACAUCGGGCAUUCAAGUACGGUAUUUGAAAAUAAUUGAGAAAAGCGGUUAUCAGGCGUUACCUUGGGUACGCUAUAUUACACAAAACGGCGACUACCAACUUCGUACUAAUUAACGUCUUAACGAAGGAAAUACAGAUAUGUAAACAUUACUGUAGUUUAAGCAAAUCAAAUUAUUGCAGUUAAAGGUUUAAUGAAGAGUUUACUAUUAAAUAUUAAACAUA